ACUGGAAUACUUAGAGCACAGAUUGCUGUGAAACAGGUCAAGAACCCGUGCCCACCAUGAAGAUAACAGGCGCCUUUUUGCUCCUCACACUGGCAGUUCUUUGCUUAGCAAAUGCUGCCAAAGAGAAUGAGGUAGACUGUAGUGAAUACAAGAGCUUAGAGAGAGGAAGACCCAUUUACUGUGAAAGACUCUAUCAACCUUUUUGCGGCUCCGAUGGGAAAACAUAUAACAACAAAUGUUCUUUCUGCAAAGCAGUUCUGCGAAGUAGAGGUGCCUUACAUAUGAAGCAAGCAGGGGCAUGCUGAAUGAAUUUGCGUGACACAGGAGAGUGCUGAGAACAGCUUUACACUGCCUUAUCACAAUCUCUUCAUUUAAUUUCAUUCAUCCUGCCUGUUCUGCCGAUGGCAAACAAAGCACAAAGUAGGCUUUUCAGCUGUGCUCUGUCAUUUGCUGCUUCUCUGUGCUCCAGGGUGUUGGGACUGAUGCUUCUGUCCCCCCUGCAAAGCUCUUCCUCGGGAUUCUCAGGAGCAUUCCUCUUUCUGUAGCAAGUUGUUUUUCACACGAGCCUUUCAUUAUAUAUUUGUCUCCACAGUUAAAGUUCAAAUAUUCUGACAAUGCCACCUGAUUUUACUGGACACGUCAGUGCAGGCAUUGCCUCUGCUUUCCUUGUUGGUGAAGCAUCUGCUUUCAUUUACCCAGAAACUUUUGCAGAUGCUUCUUUUCAAAGGCUUCAGCUUUCCUAGGCAGUGCUUUGACUCUUUCUGUUUUGUAGUUAAAUUUUAA